GCUCCCAGCCCCACAGCAGCCACCGCCAGCAUGAACGUCACUGGGACAGCGGGGAACUGGAGCUGUGCCGGCGAGGAGCCUGUCCUGCUGCCCACCUUCUCCACUGCGGCCAAGGUGCGGGUGGCCGUCACGUGCCUCCUCUUUCUCUCCUCGGCUUGCUGCAACGGUGCCGUGCUCUGGUCAGCUGCCCGGGCGCCACGGCGGCGUCCACCCCGCGUCCGCAUCCUGAUGACCAACCUGGCGGUGGCCGAUCUGCUGGUGACGGUGGUGGUGAUGCCGUUAGACGCCACCUGGAACGUCACCGUGCAGUGGUACGGGGGGGAUGUGGCGUGCCGGGUGCUCAUGUUCCUCAAGUUGGCUGCCAUGUACGCCUCGGCCUUUGUCACCGUUGUCAUCGCCUUGGACCGUCACGCCGCCAUCGUCAACCCGUUGGCGGUGGGCUGCGCCGAGAGGAGGAACAAGGCGAUGCUGCGUGCGGCGUGGGUGCUCAGCGCUGUGCUGGCUCUGCCCCAGGUGUUUAUCUUCCACACGGUGAGCCCAUCGCAGCCCCGCCGUUUUGUGCAGUGUGCAACAGUGGGCAGCUUCAGGGCACACUGGCAGGAAACACUCUACAACAUGUUCACCUUCGCCUGCCUCUUCCUCCUGCCCCUGCUCGUCAUGGUGCUCUGCUAUGGCCGCAUCCUCGUCGCCAUCUCGGGCAGGAUGAAGGACACCCGCGUGUCCUCCCAGGAGAUCCAGCUCCGUCGAUCCUACGACAACAUCCCCCGGGCCAGGAUGCGCACGCUCAAGAUGUCCAUCAUCAUCGUCCUGACCUUCAUUGUCUGCUGGACGCCCUACUACCUCCUGGGCCUCUGGUACUGGUUCUCCCCCGAGAUGCUGACCCGGGAGAAGGUGCCACCAUCUCUCAGCCACAUCCUCUUCCUCUUCGGCCUCUUCAAUACGUGCCUGGAUCCGCUCAUCUACGGGCUCUUCACGGUGCAUUUCCGCAGGGAGAUGUGGCGCACUUGCCGCUGCAGCCGCCACCGGCACAAGCAGGAGGUCGCCUCUGCCCUCAGCGGUUCCUUCCGCGUCUCCACCACGGCCGUGCCGGCCAGGAGAGCCGGCAACAGCCUGGGGGGAUCCGGAAAGCACGAGCUGGAGGUGAUGGCGGAUGCAGCUCUGCCAGGACGGAGGUGCGAGCUGUGCUGGAGGAGGACAGUGGAGAGCUUCAUGUGAUGGGGAGGCCAGGCUGGACCCGUGGCAGAGCAAGGGGAACCCCCCAAAAGUGGGCUGGGGGGAGACACAAGAGGUCUGUGCCAUCACAAAGGCACUCAACAAUAAACUUAGAUUAUUUUCUCAGCAGGACCCUGUCUUUGGGCCAAGGGAUGGUUUAACCAGAGCCGGCACUGUGGCAUCACCGGCAUGUUUCUGUGCCGGGCAGGGUCUAAUGGCACCACCACCGUGUGAGGAGCAAUAAGCCAGAAGCAAGGCACCCCGUGUCAGGCAGAAAGCAAAAACUGGGGCAGAAAUUCCUUUAAAAGAUGCCGCUGGGGCUCCUUGGGGGAAAAAAAAAAAAAAAAAAGAAUUUAAAAUGUGCCCCUUCCUGUGCACUGGGGGCACGGGGAGAAUUCAACACUCCCAGAGCCUGCUGAUCUGAUGGAGAACAGCACACGGUGCAAUAAAGCUAUCGCUUGUAAAUGCUACUUUAAGGAAAAAUGGCUUUUUCAACUAGUAAGGUAUUCUAUUGCCAGCCCCAAGAUCAACAGCUAGUGACAUCGACUGAUUUUAGGCAAAUCUAAAAGUAGCAGAGGCAUGAAAGGAACUGGGGCUCAGUUACAGCUUCUCAGAACAUUUAAUUAAGGACAAAUAACGAGAGGACAAUUUUACACAAAAUCGGAGUUAUUUAAAAGGCUGAGUUCACUCGCAAACGUAAAGUCAAGAGAAUAAACCCCUCAGGAGAUGUAAGGAACGUUUGCCUGGGGUAUAGAAAGCAACUUCUGUCUAAAAGAAGAGUGACCAAAAUGCCAGGUCACUCACAGGCGUAACAAAAUGCUUAAAAAUGUCGCUAUUUGGUACGUAACUGGGCUCAGGGGCUGCAUUCACCACAAACACAAGUGAAGAUAACCCCCAGAAACCUCAGGUGUUUGCUUCUUCACUCAAGUUUUCUUGUAUGAAAACAAUAAAAUCUUGUAAGAAGCAAACCUGCUGAAGCAAUGAA